AUGGCUCCGACUCUACAACAGACGCAGGCCAUCUACCUCCUGCCUCUCAGAGACGAUGGCUCGCCCGACGUAGCCGGCGAGUACAUCUACCUGCCACCGCCCAGCGAUCCUGCCUACAAGAUCCGCUUCGUCAUUGAAGGUACCAGCUCCAUCUGUCGCGAGGGCAGCCUCUGGGUAAACAUCCCCACCAAGGGCCAGAAGUUCGUUCGCAAGAACUACACCGAGUACAAACUGACUCCCGACUUCAAUCGCAACAUCGAGAUUGAUGUCGAGAUNCCCCACGCCGGUCCCUUUUCCUACUACAUCACCUACACCCCUCUCCCCAAGCUCACGACAGGGAAGAGCGAUGUUCCCGAGGCCACAGAGACAAAGGUCUGGUACCUUGAUGUCAGUCCUCGCUUGACCGUUCAGGACUCGACUUUGCCCCUCAAGAGUCUGUCCAUCAUCUCAUGUCUGUCCAAGUUCAUGGGUGAUCUCUCCAACGAUUGGGACAAGCACCUACACGGCAUGAGCGAGAGAGGUUACAACAUGGUCCACUUUACUCCGCUUAUGAUGCGUGGUGACUCGAAUUCUCCUUACAGCAUUUACGAUCAGCUCACCUUCGACAAGCAGAUCUUUGCCAACGGCGAGAAGGAUGUCGAGGCGUUGACCGCCAAGAUGGAGAAGAACUUUGGCCUUUUGUCGCUGACCGAUGUUGUUUGGAACCACACGGCCAACAACAGCAAGUGGCUGGAAGAGCACCCCGAAGCAGGUUACAACAUGAAGACAUCUCCGUGGUUGCAAGCCGCCUUUGAACUGGACACCCAGCUUCUCAAGUUCAGCUCCGAGCUCGAGAAGCGUGGCCUUCCUACUCAGAUCAACAACGAAGAUGACCUCGUUCGUGUCACAAACCCUCUCCGCGUGGAAGUUAUCAACGCCAUCAAGCUCUGGGAGUUCUACAUUAUCGAUGUCAAGCGUGACGCUUCGGCUGCCGUCUCGGCAUGGAUGGAGAACCAGGUCGAGUUCCCUGAGAAGACUCCUGACCUCGUUGGUACCGGUAGCUGGUCCUCGAAGCAGAAGACCGACUGGCUCAAGCAAUACGCCAUGUCCGGCACCGACCACCUUGGUGAGAGAUUCCGCCGCAAGAUCAACCCUCAACAUGCUGCCGCGCUUCUCCAGUCACUCUUCGGCAAGUACAACACCAAGACUGGCAGUACCACAGACGAGCGCAGCGCCAUGGGUGCAAUGACCCACUUCCUGGAAGAAAUCAACGCAGUCUUCUACGAAGAAUACAACACCGACAGCACCGCCAUCUUGGAGCAGGUUUACGGCCGUACAAAGUACAUGCGUAUCGAGGGCGGUCCCAUGGUGGGCAAGCCGAUCAACAAGGAGUACCCGUUGAUCGAGUCGUACUUCACCAGACUCCCUGCUAACGAGACGACAAAGAAGCACGAGGCCGGCGAGCUGGCCUUGGCCAACAAUGGUUGGGUCUGGGCCGCCAAUGUGCUCAUCGACAACGCUGGUCCGAACUCUAAGGCCUACCUCCGCAGAGAGCUCAUUCCUUGGGGUGAUUGUGUCAAGCUGCGCUACGGUGCCGGCCCUGAGGACAGUCCUUUCCUCUGGGACUUCAUGGCUGAGUACACUCGCCUCAUGGCCAAGCACUUCCACGGUUUCCGCAUCGACAACUGCCACUCUACNCCCCUUCACCUUGCCGAGUACAUGCUUGACGCUGCAAGAAGCGUUCGUCCCAACCUCGUGGUCAUGGCCGAGCUUUUCUCUGGCGACGAGAAGAUGGACUAUGUCUACGUUGAGCGUCUUGGUCUGUCUUGCUUGAUUCGUGAGGCCAUGCAAUGCUGGAGCACUGCUGAGGUCAGCAAGCUUGUUCACGAGAACUGUGGCCGCCCCAUUGGCAGCUUCGAGCUCGACGAGAUCUCAGAUGCACAGAAGCGCAACUCUGGUACCGAGCCAGCUCCUUCUGUCAAGGAGGUCGUUCACAAGAUCCGCCCUGCUACCGUCCACGCCCUGCUCAUGGACUGCACUCACGACAACGAGUUGCCUGCUCAGCGCAGAGACGCCAGAGACACCCUCUCCAACUCUGCUUUGGUGGCCAUGUGCGCUGCCUCCAUCGGCAGUGUCUUUGGCUACGACGAGGUCUAUCCCCAACUCAUUGAGCUUGUCCACGAGAAGCGUCAAUACAGCUCACCUUACUCCACCAUGUCGAACCUCAAGGUUGGAGAGGGCCCUGGCAUUGGAAACGUCAAGCGUCUGUUGAACCAGCUUCACACCAUCAUGGGCAAGGACCACUAUGAAGAGACUCACGUCCAUCACGAGGGCGAGUACAUCACUGUUCACCGCAUGCAUCCCAAGUCACGCAAGGGUUACUACUUGAUUGCUCACACUGCCUUCCCUGGUUACGGCAACGGCAACGCUGGCUUCCAGCCUGUACACCUUACUGGCUCAAAGGCCUCUCUGCUGGGUGCUUGGAACCUCGAGGUCGACCAAAGCCACGAGGCCAAGCAAGCCGCUAUGAACGACAAGGUGUUGAGAGGCCUGAACGCAAACACCAAGGACAUCCGUGGUGUGAAGGUUGACAAUCAGAAUGACUCUGCUGUCAUUACCAUCCCAGAGAAGUUCCCUCCUGGCAGUAUCGCAGUUUUCGAGACCUGGAUCCCCAGCGCAGAGCACUCAGAGGGUCUUGACAAGUACGUCACUUCCGGCGCCAGAGAUGCAUUCAGAGAGUGUGACCUCAACGAUUUGAACGCCGUUCUUUACCGCGCCGACGCCGAGGAGAAGGCCACUUCGAGCGGCUCUGAUGGCGUCUACAACAUCCCCGGUCUGAGCCCGCUGGUCUACUGUGGUCUCCAGGGUUGGUGGAGUGUUUUGAGAGACGUCAUCAAGGACAACAACCUUGGCCACCCCAUCUGUGAUCACCUGAGACAAGGUCAGUGGGCUCUUGACUUCAUUGUCCACCGCCUGGAGAAGCUUGUCUCUCGUGACGGCUACACUCGCCUUUCUGCCCCUGCCGGCUGGCUCAAGGACCGUUUCGAAGCCAUUCGCAAGCUCCCCAGCUUCCUGUUGCCUCGUUACUUUGCACUUGUCAUCCAGACUGCAUACAAGGCCUCCACAGAACGUGCCAUCGAGCAAAUGAGCACCAAUAUCCGCCAAGGACAGCGUUUCCUCAAGACUAUGGCUCUUGUCAGUGUCCAGUGCGAGGGAUUCAUGAAGAAUGCCUCUCUGUGGCCCGACAAGCUCGUCCCCUCCCUGGCAGCUGGUCUGCCUCACUUUGCUCAAGACUGGGCAAGAUGCUGGGGACGUGAUGUCUUCAUUUCUCUUCGCGGUCUUUUACUUGCCACUGGUCGUUUUGAGGAUGCCAAGGAGCACAUCAAGGCAUUUGCCAGUGUUGUCAAGCACGGUAUGAUUCCUAAUCUUCUCGGCUCUGGAAAGAUCCCUAGAUACAACUCUCGCGACUCUGUCUGGUUCUUUUUGCAGAACAUCCAAGACUACUGCAACAUGGUCCCCAACGGCCGUGACAUUCUCAAGGAGAAGGUCGCCAGACGUUUCCUGCCUUACGACGACACUUGGUUCUCGUGGGAAGACUCUCGCGCCUACUCCCAGACCUCGACCAUCGAGGACGUUGUCCAGGAGUGCCUCCAGCGUCACGCUACCGGCGUGCACUUCCGUGAAGCCAAUGCUGGUCCCGGCAUCGACGACCAGAUGAAGGAUGCUGGUUUCAACAUCGACAUCGAGACCGACUGGAACACUGGUAUCAUCUUCGGUGGUAACGAGUGGAACUGCGGUACAUGGAUGGACAGNAUGGGCUCCAGCGACCACGCUGGCAACAAGGGUGUCCCUGGUACUUCCCGUGAUGGUGCACCUGUUGAGAUCACUGGUCUUCUCUACAGCUGUCUCAAGUGGGUUGACGGUCUCAACAAGAACAGCCACUUCAAGUACUCGGGCGUCAGCAUCAAGGGCGACAAGGUCAUCACUUUCAAGGAGUGGGCACAGAAGAUUCGCGACAACUUCGAGCACUGCUACUAUGUUCCUGCCGAUCCUGCACAGGACUCCAAGUACGAUGUCGACAGCAAGAUUGUCAACCGCCGUGGCAUCUACAAGGACGUCUACAAGUGCAACAAGGAGUACCGCGACUACCAGCUCCGUCCCAACUUCCCUAUCGCAAUGACAGUUGCACCUGAUCUCUUUGAUCCCAAGCACGCUCUCGGAGCUCUGAUCAUUGCCGAUGAGGCUCUCCUUGGUCCUACUGGUAUGGCUACUCUGGACCCCUCGGACAUGGAGUAUCGCCCCAACUACAUCAACAGCGAUGACUCCAACGACUUCCACACUUCCAGAGGACGCAACUACCACCAAGGACCUGAAUGGGUCUGGCCUCGUGGUUUCUUCUUGCGUGCACUCCUGAAGUUCGACUUGAUGCGCCGUGAGACAAAGGAGGCCAAGGUUGAGGCUUUCCAGCAGGUCACCACCAGACUUGCAGGCUGCAGACACAUGAUCCACGACUCUCCUUGGGCUGGACUUACUGAGCUUACCAACGAGAAGGGGUCCAUGUGCCAUGAUUCGGUAAGUGAUUUUCCACGCGAUAUGCAAAAGGCAAGGAAGGCUAACGUGAUUCACAGNUGCCCCACUCAAGCUUGGUCUGCUAGUUGCCUGAUCGACUUGUACCAGGAUGCCAGCGAGUACAACGCCUUGUAA